AUGAAAGUCAUCAAGCAAGAAGAGGGCUCCACCCCCCUCUGGGAGAUGUCUACAGGCCCAGGUCAUGGCCACGACGACCGCAGCUACGACUAUGAGAACGCCCCCGCGAUGGAGCAGUCACGGCCCUUCCUCGAUACCUCCAGGUUGUGGGGAAAGGAGGAAGAUGACGGCGCAUCAGCCGGUCCUGGAAAGCUCUACGUUAUCAGCCCCUUGACAUACCUCAUCGGGUACAUGUCCAUGAUCGUCGUCAUGGGUAUAGCCUGUGCCAUCCUCGCGCGGACGUACCCGGGUGCACUGCAGUAUACUGCUAUUGUGGCUGUCAUCAUGGUACAUCCAUAA